AUGGAAAUAGAGCCCAAGUCGUCAUUCGAUGGCAUUGAAGCGUUGCUGAUCGCGGCUGCCGACGACGUGACCGCCCGCCAAACAGCCAUAAAACAAGAGGAGACGGCAACAAGUGUACAGGCGUCCACAACAGCAACAGCAAAAGAGAAGUCGUCAAAGCCUGGCCGAACGCUACGAACGUGGGACGAAUCAUUCAAUGCUCUGGUCAAGUUCAAGAGAGCGCACGGCCACUGCAAUGUGCCUGUUCGCUAUGAAGACAGUGCCCUUGCCAACUGGGUCCGUUACCAGCAGCGCAAUCAAGAAUCUCUCACACAAGAACGUCACGAAAAACUCAAGUUCGUCGGCUUCAAGUUUGGAUAUCGCAAUGAUCGACAGUGGGAUGCCAAGUUCGAGCGGUACAAGGAACUUGUCAAGCAGCUCAAAGGUAAACCGUUGAGAGUUCAAGAUGCGGAGCUAUCACAGUGGAUUGCUACUCAACGUUCUCUGUACAAGAAGUCGUUGCUGCGCGAAGAUCGCCUUAUGCGGCUCGAGUCCAUCAAUUUCAAGUGGCAGGUCAACAAGUCUCGUGAAGAUGGUGGCAAGCAAAAUGGAAAGAGGCCCAGCAGCCCCAAAUGGAGCAACCAAAAACGUGAUGGCCAAUGGCUCGCCAACUACGAGAAGCUCAAGCAGUUUCACAAGGAACAUGGGCACUUUUCUAUUCCCAAUCAGUACGAAAAAGACAGACAACUUGGUAUUUGGGUUUCGAACCAGCGCAGCAUCUACCAUCGUGGCCAACUCUCUCAGUGGCGCAAGUCAAAACUCAUUGAGCUCGGAUUCGUCUGGCGGGUCGAUGCCAUUGAAGCUCGGGCCGAAAUGUACCAGAAGCAAUGGGAUCAGCAAUUGGCGAAUCUCUCACAGUUCAAAGAGCGCUUCGGCCAUGUGGAUGUUCCUUCAACUUUCGAGGCCGGCACGUUGGCUGCCUGGGUCGGUGUACAGAAGGAGGCCGGGCGAAGGGGCAUCCUGGACCCCCAACGGGCCAAGCGGCUUCUUUCCCUGGGUUUUGCGUGGGGUGAAGACAGAGAUACCUGCUGGAAGAAAUUCUACAUGACACUUCAAAGCUCUCUUGCUGGGAAAGAGAAUGGCAGCCUUGUGACAUUGGAUGCGAUCUGUGCGGAGGAUGCCACUGGCAAGCUCGGGAAUUGGCUCAAGCUCCAAGAGGUCUUGAAGGAGCACAAUCUCCUCUCCAUCAAGCGCGUUUAUCUAUUGGAAACUAUUGGUUGGAAGUGGGGAGAAGGCAAAGCCAAGGUGGCGCGUCAGGAGUCUUCCAAACUUGUUCGUCCAGGCAAAGUGGCCUUGGGGGCAAACGUCCCUGACUGCCUUCCACCACUUGGAGCCAGCAAGAAACGCUCCACUGAAUUCAUCACGGAGGAUUCCAAUCCUCUUCCUCCUCCUCCCAAGAAAGCAAAGCGGUCCAAUGUACAAGCGCCCGGAGUCAAUGAAGCCGGGGAGUCGCACCUUGAGACAAGCCCUUCCAUUGUCUCGAUCUAG